GGUCUUAUCUGUGAUUCUGGAUUCGCUGGGACUUUAAAUUUCCUAAAUGUUUUCCGGGACAAGAUUAAAAUCACAAAAAUGCAUAACAACAAGUGUCCAUUCCCAUGUUUCAUUUGUAAGGUUCCGUAGCAGCUAUCAACACUAGUCGAUGUUCCGAGAUCUGUAAAGCCGAUUGUUCACGUGGACCUAGGAACGUGUGCUGUAGGAAUUUCACCGGAUCUAACGAAACUAGGAGUGAACGGUGAUAUAGGUGGCGCCACCACCAAUGUCCUGAGUAAAACAUUCCCGGAUUAAGUCGUGUUUCUUAUUGCUCUCAUUGUGCAUAUAUGAUUAUUUCUUUGUUGAAAAGAAAAGACAUACAGUUAACAUAUACAUUUUGUUGAUUUCACACUUCACAAUAUAUUGCUAAGACGUAGUACUAGGGUAUGGUUGUUCGCACUCGGACUUAACCGUCAGUAUAUGUAUCAGUGACUUUUAAAGUUGUAUUGGAGUUCGAGUUUCAAACCUGUGCGAUUUAAUUUCAGAUUAACCGGAAAUGUCCGACUCGAGUGAAGCAAGUAAAGACGUCAUCAGGGCAAAAUGGUACGACGUGAACCGGAAGUUACUUCCCGUAAAGAUGUUUUACUUCUUCACACUUGCAGGUAUGGGCUGUCUGUACCCCUUUGUGACCCUCUACAUGAAGCAUGUCGGACUCACCUCACGGGAAGUCGGUAUUAUAUACGGAAUGAUGCCGUUCAUUGGUUAUUUAGUUAGACCAAUUAUUGGCAAUCUUGCUGACAGAAUCCAGAAACAUAAACUGAUAUUGAUCACGUGUUGUUUGCUGAAUGGCGUCUUCCAUCUUCUGUUGCUACUCGUACCGGAAAAGGGAAUUUAUAAACAUUCCGUAAAAAUGAAAACCAUAAUUCAUUGUAAUCAAUUUAAUUCAUACAUUCAUGAUUGUAUUCCUAAGCAUUUUGAAAAUGACGUCCAUUGUCCAACAUUGUUUACGAAUUACGUUCAGAUUGAUUUUAAGAAAUAUCGGACAGCAAAAUUGACGUCACUUGAUGGCAAAAUGGAUACGGGAAAUUUUUGGCCUUCGUUUUCAUGGAUGGAAAGUCACGGCAUCAAGUGUUCCUUAGAUUGUAAAACUGGAAGUGGGAAUUCAAAACCGGAAGUUGGAUUUUGUGGGUCUCCUGGAAACAAGCAACAACAACAACGAUGCAAGGAUUAUGUGCUGAAUUUAAAUCAUAAUGACAAUUUAGGCAUAUCCUUAUCACAGAUAUAUCUGUCGUUAAGAAAAGAUACUUCCGGCGAAGUUAUCAUAGAAAAGGAUACAAAUUGUGCCAACUUCCUCCUGAGUAACCUGACGUACAACAGUGACAGUUACUUCAACAUGAACUGUGCUGUAGAUAUGGAACUUUCGUGUAACGUCACGUGUACGGACGUGACCAAUCAGCCCUGUCUUCACAUGGAGAAAAUUGACACGGGAGAAAUGACCUUGACCUUCUGGCUUUUCCUUCUUCUCUUUUUCCUUGGUAACGUGUCAGAGGCGCCGAUAUUAGGACUCGGGGACGCAAUAACUCAAAACAUUCUUGGUGGUGAAAAACGUAAUUUGUGGGGUAAACAAAAAUUAUGGGGUACACUAGGAUUCGCUGUUUUUGCUGUUACUUCUGCCAUUUUGGUUGAUCUGUUGAGCACCGAUACAAGCACCAACUACAAUUUCUCAUUUUAUAUUUUCGUAUUUCUGCUUACAGUAGCAGCGGCUGUGUCAUGUCUUCUCCCAAUAGACCGAAAUAUUCUGUGUAUAAAUUUCUCUCGGAAUUUAAGUGUAUUCCUGGAUCAUCCGAACAUAGUUAUGUUUCUACUUGCACUGACUUGUCUUGGGUUUAUGCUUGGCGCGUGCGAAACAUUUUUGUUUUGGUAUUUACAAGAUCACCUUGGAAACACGCUGCUUAUUGUUCCCGGGGCGACACUUCUCAUCAGCUGUAUGGUUGAAACCGUCUUUUUAUUCGCAUCUGGUCCUAUUAUUCUUAAACUGGGCCAUCUUAACUGUAUAUAUCUUGGAUUUGUGUCGUUUGGGAUACGAUUUCUAUGCUACUCUUUCCUUACCAACGCCUGGCAGAUUCUGGCUGUGGAAAUACUGUACGGACUCAACAUGGGCCUCGUUCUGGCUGCAGCCACCUCCUACAGUAGUAUAUUGGCACCCCCAGGGACGGCCCCGACACUUCAGGCAGUAAUACGUGGCUGCCACUUUGGAUGUGGCAAGGGACUUGGUAGUGUGCUGACCGGUCUGUUGUACCCGGAUCACGUCCUGGGGAUGGUGUGGACGUUCAGACUAUACGGCGUGCUGUCCUUUUCCUGUCUAUUCCUCUACCUGACUUUCAACAAAGUGUGGCUGGAGAGAAGAAAGCGGCUCCAGAAAGGCAAAAACAAUGAAAACGUGACGUCACCUACAAAUGUUAAUAAGAGUUUAUUGGAAAAUUCUGUGAACAGCCAAUCAGAAGAAGGAAUUAAAAGUUUAAUGUUAACUUCAGUCACCAACCAUACCGAUGAGAACAGAAGAACACGUGAUUUUCCUUGGCAAUCCGAUGAUGACAAUUUUGCAAAUAUAACAUCGGAGAACGACAAUUCUCAACGAUUAUAGCACACUGGCAUUUUACAGACGUUUUUUUGUCAUACAGUGCACCGUAUUUGAAAUGUUCUCCACAUUUUACAUGAACACCGGUUACGUUUGUCAUUUUUUCGUGUAUUUUCUUACAAACUAACUUGUUUAUGAAUAUUUGUCCUUCAUUUCAAACUAAAUUUAUUGAACAAUCAUUUUGUUUUUGAUGUCAUCACAUUCUGUAAAUUGUUUUAUACGAAAUCAAUAUUUUCAAU